AAAGUCCAUUCCAAGGCUAAUUAUAAUUAAUUAACCAUUGCACCAUGGAAUUUUUAAAUUUGACCAAUAAAUUGACCUGUGCUAUCUGAUGUGAAUAUGAAGUCAAGCCUAGGCCAGAAGUAUUCUUUUUGAUUGACAAUUUCAAUUUGAAUGCUCUGGUACGUUUGCUUUCAGCAGUCUGGUUAGUCCACAUUUUAAGGAGGCAUUGUUCAAAUCGAAGUGGUCUAAAGCAAGGCUUGUUUGUUGUAUAAGUUGACAUAAGGGAUUUUUCCAUGUUCCUUGUCUUACACCUAGAAAUUCAUUCUUCCUUGACACUUACUUUUUGUUCCUCAGUGUGUUGGGAAGGAAUUUUUCUUUUGAUUUUGUACUUGAAUUAUAUAAGGAGCUUAGGCAUAAGAAAAUUCUUGACACGUGUGCAUAUAAUAUGAAUCAGCUGUUGUAUGCUGAUGCAAAAUAUAAGCUUGUUCUGACCAUGUGGCUUUUAGAUUUGGUAUGAUUCUGUUAGACAAUUAAAAGUGUAUGUGAGGAGGAAUAAAAGGGGAGAAAGUUAGUGGCGGGUAGAGGGGGAAAUCUGUUAGAGGAGAGAUGGUUAGUUUGUUAGAAGAGAGAGAGAGAAUAUAAAUAACAAACAAAUUUGAGAGAGAGGGGAGGAUUUUGGGUAUUGAGACUGGACCUCUUGGCCAGUGGAGGAAGGGAGGCUUCCUUGGGAGAGAUAGUAUACUUGUAUUUCCUUUUUCUACACAUUACAUCAGAAAUAGAAAUACAUAUUCAUAUCUAUUCAUCCAUACUUGCUUACUGUUGAGUGUGUGGGUGAGUUUGAAAUUGCUGUUCGGCUCCUUGAGCAAAGGAACCUAACAGAUUUGGUCCGACCUGUCGGAUCUGCUCGGAGGGAAGAGGAGUGAGCUAUAUCAGAGAAGAAUGGAGGGACGAAUGGGGGCUAUGGAAUCGACGGUGGAAGAGUUGAAGGCAGAAAUGCGAGCAAUGACUCUCGAGUUUCGGCGAGCCUUAGGACGACGCUCUGGAAAUCGAGAUAGGAGUUCUGAAGGGAGUCGUAAUUCUGUCAAUGGUGAUCGAGAACGAAGGUCAGCGGAGAGCACUGAUGAGGAAUCGGAGGAUGACCGAGGCGAAGUACAACGUAGCUGGAUGAAGCGCGUUGAGCUCCCAACUUUUGAAGGUACUGAUCCUACUGGGUGGAUAGAGAAGGCUGAGAAGUUUUUUGACAUCCAGGGAGUAACGGAGAAAGAGAAGAUGAAGUUAGUGUAUAUUUGUAUGGACGGAGGCGCUAAUUACUGGUUUCGCUUCUGGCGGAAGAAAACCCGACACCCAACGUGGAAGUCAUUUAAGGAGGCAUUGACGCGGAGGUUCGGAGGACGGAAUCGAGGAACUGUUUUUGAGAAGUUGGCCGCUGUGCGACAGCGAGGGGGCGUACAUGAGUAUAUCCAAGGGUUCGAAGUACUCGUGGCGCAGGCAACCGGAGUAAUUGAAGAUCAAUUACUGGGGUAUUUCUUUGCAGGUUUGCAAGAGGGAUUACGUAACGCUGUGAGACCGCAUGUCCCACGCGACUUGUUGACGGCGAUGGAGCAAGCUCGGGACGUCGAACAAGUGGGGAUGACAUCGCGGGGGAGUAGUGGAGCUGGAGGAAAAGGAGGGGUGACGUGGGGGAGAUACUCCGCGAGUUCAGGGACAGUGGCGAGGACGAAAACUUUUCGUGGGCCGUCGGAAGGGUCGGUGAAUGGUAGCGGAGGGCUAGGGAUAAAGAAGGACGUUAGUGCGAAUACCAUGAUUUCAAAGGCUGGUAGUAGUGGAGGAGGAAACGCAGGACGAGGCGUCAGGACUUUACCAUACCCAGAAUACAUUAAGCGGCGUGAAGAAGGACGUUGCUUCCACUGCGGCGGACCCUACAGCUCGGGCCAUCGCUGUGCGGAACGGAGCAUGCGGGUCAUGAUUUUGGCGGAGGAGGAUGAAGAGGAAGAGGCGGAGGAGAAUGUCGUGGUAGAACAGAUGACGAUGGAGUUGUCGGGAUUGUCCGCCGGUGGACUCUCACAAUCUAACACGAUGAAGCUGCAAGGUUGGGUGCAAGGGAAGAAAGUUCUGGUGCUAAUCGAUAGUGGAGCUACCCAUAGUUUUAUAUCUACCAAAUUGGUGAAAGAGUUGGGUCUGGAGUGCACCGACACACGCCCUUAUAAAGUAUGUUUAGGGGAUGGACAAAAGAAAGUGACCAACGGGUAUUGCACAGGAGUCCCUGUGUUAUUAGAAGGCUUAGAAGUUAGAGAUAAAUUUUAUCUCUUUGAAUUAGGCGGUGUGGACGUAAUACUGGGAAUUACGUGGUUAGCAUCCCUGGGAGAGAUAAAGGUGGAUUGGGGACAACUCAUCAUGAAGGUGGCGCAUGGAGGGGAAGAAGUGGAGAUAAAGGGUGAUCCAGCCUUGACACGUAGGCUGGUGACUCCAGAAGCACUUAUUAAAGAAAAAGGGAUUGAAAUUAUGACCUUAGUGUGGAGUUUAAGCCAAACAGAAUUGAUGGAUGAGGAGAUAGAAAAGAGUGGCUUAACGCAGGAUGAGGAGGUAGAAUUGGCACAAAUUCUGAGUGAUUUUGAAGGGAUAUUCAGGGAUCCCCAAGGACUACCACCCGAGAGGAGAGUUGAUCACAGAAUUCCCUUGAAAGAGGGCAGUGAACACGUUAAUGUGAGGCCAUAUAGGUACCCCCAUGGCAUGAAAACAGAGAUAGAGCGUCAGGUGGAGGAGAUGCUGAAUUUGGGCAUUAUUAGACCCAGUAACAUCCCUUAUUCUAGUCCUGUAAUAUUGGUAAAAAAGAAGGAUGGAAGUUGGAGGUUUUGUGUGGAUUAUAGGGCAUUGAACAGAGUAACAGUGGCUGAUAAAUACCCUAUUCCAGUCAUUGAGGAGCUGCUGGAUGAACUUCAAGGAGCAUCAUAUUUUUCAAAAGUUGAUUUGAAGGCUGGGUAUCAUCAGAUAAGAAUGAAGAGUGAAGACAUUCCAAAAACUGCUUUUCGGACACAUCAAGGGCAUUAUGAAUUCCUUGUGAUGCCCUUUGGGCUAACAAAUGCCCCAGCUACAUUCCAAGACAUGAUGAAUUCAGUAUUAAGGCCGCUGUUGAGGAGGUUCGUGUUAGUAUUUUUUGACGAUAUACUCGUCUAUAGCAAGACUUAGGAGGACCACUC